AUGUUCGACGAGUCCAGCAAUGUUCAAUUCCCGUGGAAGCUUCAUGUGCUUCUCGAUGAAGCGGAACGCAACGGAUACAGCCAUGUCAUCUCCUGGUUGCCUUCGGGCAAUGCCUUCAAGGUUCACGACAAGGUUGGGUUUGCCGAAUUGGUAAUGCCCAAAUACUUCCACUCGAACAAGUACAAGUCCUUUCAGCGCAACCUCAAUCUAUGGUGCUUUCAAACACUCACCAAGGAACCAAAUAAGGGUGCCAUCUUUCACCCUUACUUUCUUCGUUGCAAUCCAGAUCGAUGCCACUUGAUGAAGAGGAUCAAGGUCAAGAAGGACUCCAAAAGAGCAAGCCUGGCAGAGCUCCGGGCUUCGGCGCCUCCCACGACUCUUCCGUCGCCUUCUCAUCGUUUCAAUGAUGUCAAGGCUGCUGUGUCUUCCAUGUCAUCCCAUGGAAUGAGUGCUCUGAAUGCAGCUCAAUUGAUGUUCUUGGCACAACAUCAACAACAACAGCAGCAACAACAACAACAACAACAACAACAAGAAAAUGAGCAGCAGAGCCAACAACUGCAACUGCAACUCCAGCGCCAAAACUGGGCACAUAACUUGGCUCUAUUGCCCAACUUGCAGGCUCGGUCUCACCACCUGAGCUCCUUGUUCAACAUGUCGUCCGCUCCCACGGUAACGAACAAGUUGACAACACCAUCUCCUUCUGCGCUCAACUCGUUGCUGUUGAAUCAACUGGCUCAGAAGCAACAGCAACAAGCACAGGCGGUUUCUUUGGCCGGUCUUCCAUCUUCUUCCAUGAUAGAUUUGGACCGUAUCAAGAUGCAACUUGGUUUGGCUCUCUUGGUCACCAAUGCUCCCACUACCAUUGUGAAUCGUGGUGUGGGAGCCUCAUCCUCUUCUUCCUCCUCCAAGUAG